CCGAACAAAACCCUCGUAAAAGCCCCUCCGCCCCCUCGACCCCCUCUCCCUUUUCCCUCAAAUCUCCCGCCGAGGGUUUCGUCCCUUCAAUCCUUGCUUCCUUUUGUCUUCUCAUGGAUCCAAACUUCAAAUCGAAGCAGGGAGCUCCGACGAGGAGUGGGAGAUCGUGAAGAAGGCCUCGCAAUCGCCAUGGGAGUUCGCCGCCUACUCGGAGUCCGUAGACGACGAGCACGCCCGCCGACACACCACCACUUCCGUCGACGACAAGAUAACCAGAGCCCGCAGUCAUCGUCUUUAUCUCUUCGACCGACGAACGAAGACGGCGAGGCCGAGGAGGUGAGCGAGGCUGAGGAGGAGGCGGGGGAGGAGGAGGACGAGGAUGAAGAAGCCGGCGAUGAUGAGGUCGGCGGUGCCACUGCUGGAGAUUCCAGAAAGCAGAAAAAUCACAAUUUGGAAAAUAUCCAUGGUGAAACUGUUGGAAAAGGGGACAGUGCUUUUUUUGCAUCAUCUGAAGGCGCGUCAUUUUAUGCAAAUUCAUUUCGUGAACUAAAUCUUUCACGUGCUCUGCUUAGAGCUUGCGAAGCCUUGGGAUACCAUAAACCGACGCCAAUUCAGGCAGCAUGCAUACCAUUGGCAUUAACUGGUCGUGAUAUAUGUGGUAGUGCUUUAACAGGUUCAGGAAAGACAGCUGCCUUUGCCUUACCUGUACUUGAGCGCUUGCUUUUUCGUCCAAAGCGUGUCCCCGCUAUAAGGGUGCUUAUCCUUGCUCCAACUAGAGAGCUGGCUGUGCAAGUUCAUAGCAUGACAGAGAAACUUGCUCAAUUUACUGAUAUCAGAUGUUGCCUAGUUGUUGGUGGACUUUCAACAAAGGUUCAAGAGGCAGCCUUAAGGUCUAUGCCUGAUAUUGUUGUGGCUACCCCAGGGAGAAUAAUCGAUCAUUUAAGGAAUUCAGUGUCAGUUGGUCUUGAAGAUCUUGCUGUUCUAAUCCUUGAUGAGGCAGAUCGUCUUCUGGAAUUUGGUUUCAGCGGGGAAAUUCAGGAACUGAUUCACUUAUGCCCAAAAAGGAGGCAAACCAUGCUAUUCUCUGCCACUAUGACGGAAGAAGUUGAUAAGCUUGUUAAGCUUUCACUUACUAAACCUGUACGUCUUCAGGCUGAUCCCUCUACCAAACGACCAGCCACCUUAACUGAAGAGGUAGUUAGAAUACGAAGAAUGCGGGAGGUAAAUCAGGAGGCUGUUCUUCUUGCACUUUGUUCAAAGACCUUCACAAAAAAAGUGAUCGUUUUCAGUGGAACAAAACAGGCUGCACAUAGGUUAAAGAUAAUAUUUGGUUUGGCUGGAAUGCGAGCUGCUGAACUUCAUGGUAAUCUCACCCAAGUUCAGCGUCUUGAUGCUUUGGAACUUUUCAGAAAGCAGGAGGUAGAUUUUCUUAUUGCAACUGAUGUUGCUGCUCGUGGACUUGAUAUAAUUGGUGUUCAAACAGUUAUAAAUUUUGCAUGCCCUCGGGAUAUUACAAGCUAUGUUCAUCGUGUUGGUCGUACCGCUAGAGCUGGAAGAGAAGGAUAUGCUGUUACUUUUGUUACUGAUAAUGAUCGCUCUCUCUUAAAGGCCAUUGCAAAAAGAGCUGGUUCACAGUUGAAAAGUCGAAUUGUUGCAGAACAACCUAUAGCUGAGUGGAGUAGAUUAAUUGAACAAAUGGAAGAUCAAAUCUCUGCAGUGCUUCGUGAAGAAGGGGAGGAAAGAAUAUUAAGGAAAGCUGAAAUGGAAGCAGCAAAGGCAGAGAACAUGAUCAAGCAUAAAGAUGAAAUAUAUUCACGCCCCAAAAGAACCUGGUUCGUGACUGAGAGGGAGAAAAAGCUUAUAGCAAAGACCGCGAAAGAAUCCUUGGACCAAAAUCAAAGCCGAUCAAAAGAGGUGAUUAGUGCUCAGCAAGCUGAGGAACAGAAACUGAAGGAGAAAAGAAAACGGGAACGUGAGAAAAAUUUGCCACGGAAGAAGCGUAGAAGACUUGAAGCGGCACGUGAGAUGUUAGAAGAUGAAGGGGAUAAUGACAGAGAAAAGAACACUGGAGGUGGUAGGGGUGAAAACACUGGGAAAUCACUAGUUGAUGUGGCGUAUCGACGGGCAAAAUCAAUGAAAUCUGUAAUGAAGGCUCGUGAAAGUGGGAAAACGUUGAAAAAUUCUAGCAAGCGGGGUAAACCACCUUCUCAAAAGAGUCAAACACGGAAGGAAGAAAUGGUGGAUCUCUUUCAGAAUGAUAUGACUGAGGAAAAACAAGCUAGGGCGAAGAGUAAUGCCUUUGGAAGGAAAAAGUCUAAGAGUUCAUUCAAGAGCAAAUCAAGGUAUAAGCGCAGAAAGUAGAAGAAUGUUGUGGGAUCUUUAACUUGGGGAAGGAGCAACUAUUUGAAACGUGAGCAGUGAACUUGGUUUAGUAGCUACAUUGUUCUUUUUGACCAGCAUAUCAUCAGUGCGCGCUCCAUGCUUCGCUCAAUAAAAGAAAUAUCAUACUUCAGAUGCAGUGAAAUUAAAUAAAAGGAAACCUGAGCAUCCUCCAACUUGGCCUCAUAAAAUCAUGACGACCGUAAGCUGAAAAGGUGCUCUACAACAUAAGGGUGUUUGGUUAACUACGUCUACUUCUGAGAUGAUAGCUUUGGUUCUUUCAUUCGAUAACAGUAUCUUUGAUGUUAAAACACAGAAGAUAUAUCGCAUUGUCAAUGGUGUUUCUGCUCCUUUUUGGUUAGAGCUUAGUUGUUUU